CCCGACAGCUUUGUUGUUGGGCCGGCUUCCUGCGAGGCUCCUUCCCAACUGGGCUGGCUGUCUCUCAGUCUAUCGAGGCCGGGAACACUGGGCAGCCAUUGACAAUAUAAUAUGGCAGAAUUCGUCCAAGUUGCUGGAUGGACACAGCAGCCAACAGCUCAUCGUUCCUUAAGUCACCUUCGAUCUUUCUCUUCUGUCUCUUCGAAGACCACCCAGAGACCGCCAGCGAGGCCAGUUUCAAAAUCCAUAUCGACCUCGGCUCUGAAAGACACAAUGGCCGCGGUAGCAAACGCGCCGGGAAUUCCAACGCCGAGGAAUCUGCAUCCUUACGAUGACGAAGAUGGAAAUAUGAGCACCUUACCCGAUCCUCGAAGUCGAACAAUGUCCCCCGCGAAUGACAGCCGCCCCCCAACUCCCUCCCACCAUCCAGACCUCAGUAAUGAAGUAGCAACCCUCAGUAAUAAACUAAUAAACGCAAUAAAUCACCAAACUAAUUUGGACGACACCCUCUCCGCCACACGGCACGAGCUUGAGACUGCACGGGAACAGAUAAAACAACUUGAGCAAGCAAAUCAGCAGCACUCGGAUAUGCUGGCGCGAGGGAUAUUGGUCAAGAAGUCGACUGUUGAAAUGGAGAGAGCCAAGCUCAUGGUUAGCUUGGAGCAAGAGAGGAAGGAAAAGGCUGAAAUUGAGAGCCAGAAGAAGAAUAUUGAACAGGAGCUCGAGAACUUAACCACGGCUUUGUUUGAAGAAGCAAAUAAGAUGGUGAUCACGGCUCGGGAGGAGGCACAAAAAGAGCAUGACAUUGUGCAAAGGAGGAAUGAUCAAUUGAAAGCCCAACUGGUGGAUAUGGAGAGCCUACUUAAAUCGCACCAAGAACAGCUUGCAGAAUUGAAGCAAGUUAUGGAGCAGAUGACCGAAGAGCGGGACGAUCAGACAAAUCAUACCGCACCGUCCACUCCAGGUCUCAGCAAGUUCGACAGCAAGGAAGAGAACGUGAACGAUUCGGACGCAGUGCAUUCAGCAGUUCCCGAAACCGUUUCACCGACUUAUCCAACGAGCUUGACCCAUCUCCUCCAAACAGUUCUCCGAACAGACCUUUCUUCGUAUGACGACUUCACGUCUCUACUUCGAAUGUCUAAGAACGUUCCAGCCACCAGCAGAGUAUCAAGCGGUUCAUACGGUCAUAUAGGGUUAGGGCUAGGUUUGAGCAACUAUUCGCAAUCGACAACCCAUGCAGCGCCGACGAAUGGAUCCAGUUCCUCAUUAUCUACUAACGCAACUUUGGGUUCUUCGCCCGCAACACCAACAACACCUGCUUCAACUGUCAGUACGGGCUCAACAAAUGGUCCUAAUUCGUUGACUCCGCUCAAGGAAACAAAGUUUUACAAGAGAGCCCUGGCCGAAGAUAUUGAGCCAACGUUACGGCUGGAUACGGCGCCAGGUCUUUCUUGGCUUGCUCGAAGAAACGUGCUAAAUGCUGUUUGCGAAGGUACUCUGGUCGUGGAACCAAUGCCAGCUUCGACGAAGAACUUCGUCUUUGCCUGCUCACUUUGCGGCGAAACACGUAAGGAUCCAGACCACGUUCGAACCCAUCGAUUCCGAACCAGCGAGAGUGAAAAUGCUCAGCGAUAUCCUUUGUGCAAAUAUUGCCUCGGCCGCGUGCGUUCUACUUGCGAUUUCUUAGGUUUCUUGCGAAUACUGAAAGAUGGUCAUUGGAGAGCUGAUGAUGAAGAGUCUGAGAAAGCGGCUUGGGAAGAGAGUGUUCGCCUGAGGGAACAGAUGUUCUGGUGCCGAAUGGGUGGAGGGGUUGUUCCCACACAUCACAGCCACUCAGACGCCUCACGAAGCCCAAGAGUGAGUGGGGAUGAAAGAAAGGAACAGGAGAGAAAGCUCAGCGAAGAACUUGAACGGACAGGAGAAAUCCAGCCGAAGGACAUUACACCAGUACCCGAACCAAGUCCAGUCGAUAUUGCCAAGUCCCCCAAGACAGUAAAGAGGACUAGCAAAGACUUUGCCAAGGCUGAUACAGCGGAAGGACUUUGGGAAGCAGCACAAGAAGACGCAGCAAUGCCUAGCCCCAAGGCACCUGAGGUUGUUGACGCAAAGGCCUCUGAAGAUCUUGAAGUGGCAAUGGAGAAGCGUGACACGACAAGAGAUUCUACACAGUCGACUUCAUCAUUGCAAGUUGCAUCAGGUGAUGAGGUUGAGAAGGGCGGGGUGAAGAGACUUUCAAUAACGAUUCCGGGACCCUUUGAGUAACCCGGAACGGUUGGAUUACGACAGCACCAUUUAUGUACAUCUUCGUGGGAAACGGCUCGGAUUCUGCAAAGGGCGGACGGCGUUA